AUGGCACCUUUCAAUUUCAAGAAGAAGAAGGAGAAGAAGGAGGCUCAUUCCGAGUCUCCUACUAGUACAUCUACGCCUUCUAAAGGUGCAACUUCCACCGCAGCAUUCCAGAGUUACUUCCAACAGCAGAGACAGGCACAGGCGGGACAACAAAGACCCCACAGUGAGCCUCGCCAGCAACAGCAGUUUCGUGUUUAUCCCACACCACCUUCCAGUCAACAGCGUAAUGUUUCGGGAGCUUCGACUUCUUUAGUACAACCUCAGAGGGAGUAUACUCCCUGGAAUCGAGUAAAACUUCAGGAUUCACCUUUUCCACGUUACAGGCAUGUUGCAUCGUCAUAUGUGUCUGAUGAUAAUCGCAUCUACGUGAUAGGAGGCCUGCAUGAUGAAUCAGUGUAUGGUGAUACGUGGAUCAUUAACGUCGAUGACAGUGGUACGCAAUUUUCCUCCAAGACAGUCGAUAUAAGUGAAUUCACACCACCACCUCGAGUCGGCCAUGCAGCUACUUUAUGUGGUAAUGCGUUCGUGAUAUUCGGUGGUGAUACGCAUAAGGUGAAUAGCGAGGGUCUUAUGGAUGAUGAUCUGUACCUGUUCAAUAUAAACUCUUUCAAAUGGACUAUUCCACACCCCGUAGGACCACGUCCAUUGGGGAGGUACGGUCACAAGAUAUCUAUCAUUGCUACGAACCAGAUGAAAACCAAACUUUACCUCUUUGGUGGUCAGUUCGAUGAUACUUUCUUUAACGAUCUCGCCGUGUAUGAUUUGUCUUCAUUCAGAAGAUCUGACUCUCACUGGGAAUUCCUGAAACCAAAGACGUUUGUGCCUCCACCUUUGGCUAACCACACAAUGGUUUCAUACGACCAUAAACUAUGGAUCUUUGGAGGUGACACAAUGCAGGGCCUGAUAAACAAGGUCUUUGUGUAUGACAUCAUGUCGAAUGACUGGUCUCUGGUGGAAACGACAGGAGCAAGGCCACCUCCUCUUCAAGAACAUGCAGCACUUAUUUAUAAGGAUUUGAUGUGUGUGGUUGGCGGGAAGGACGAGCAGGAUAUCUACUUGAACAGCAUCUACUUUUUGAAUCUAAAAUCAUGUAGAUGGUUCAAAUUCCCUGUUUUCAAAGCUGGAAUACCUCAAGGUCGUUCAGGGCACUCUAUUACAUUGCUAAAAAAUAAUAAGAUACUAAUAAUGGGCGGUGAUAAGUUCGAUUAUGCUUGCCAGGGCGAAUACGAUCUCAGUACUAGCGAAACGGAUAUGGGGAGAGGCACUAUUCUCUAUACUCUUGAUUUGUCACGUCUAGGCGACCUGUGUCCCGGCAUAUUUGAUGUCUCAGAGCCCUUCAACCCAACUACACCACCAAUCAACGAUUCCACCUUCGCAGCAGCAACAAAAAGUUCUCAACCCCAGCCAAACAUUCUCACACCAUACAAUGCCGAAGUUAAUCAAACACCCAAGGCUACAAGAACACCUUUGCAACAACAAUUGGAAACUCCGCAAUCAAAAGUUAUUCAACAUAGUGAGGAGGAUGAAGAACGCCCUUCUUUCAAGAAGAACGAAGAAUUAGAAGUUCCACCUCGUAACAUCAACCGUGAUAUCAGGGCCAUUAAGAAGCCAGUUUCACCAGUCCCACAACUAGGGAAUUCUGAGGAAACACCGGGACCGCGAGUCGCAUCUUUAAGCUCUGAACACAGGGAAGAUCAAGUAAGCACAGAGGAUGAAGUCGGAGUCGCCACUGUAGCAAGUUCUCCGCUUAAAGGAGACAUCAAAUACGAUUCACAGGUCCAACAGCAGGUUAUGAGAGCGCCUGAACCAAGCAAUUUGAAAGAGGCCGUGACAAUCAAGAAAAUUGACGAACCACAGAGCCCAAUUCCCAACAAAGAAGCAGAACCUGCGAAUACCAAAUCCGAGCAUGCAGUUACAAAAUCGAUUUCGAGAGAAAAUGUUAGUAAAGAUGUUUUGGCUCAUCUGCGGUCAGAAUUGGAACAACUGAAGUUAGCCACAGAGAGCAAGGCUACCGAAGCGAGUGCAUAUAUAAAGCAGCUUGAGGGUGAAGUUCAAAAAUUGACCUCUGGUGCAUCAAAAGAUGAAAAUGGCACUAAUCUUGUAAGCUUGCAAUCCCGUUACGAUAUACUCGAAGCCGAUCAUAACAGCAUGAAAGACCAUGUGAAGGAAAUGGAGAAACUAUUGAGCUCGAGAUUUUUGGAAGUCGAAACAUUGAAUAAAAUUGUGCAGGAUCAAAACGAUAAGAUCGAUGAGUACGAAAAAGAGCCUUCGUAUAAAACAGAGCUCGAUAGUAUGAAAGAGCAAUAUGCUUCGCAAGUUAAGCAAAAUGAGGACUUGAAGAAGACGUUACAAGAAUCGGAUAGCAAAUUCAGGCAAGAUGUCAAGAAUUUCUCGGCGCAACUGAAUGAGAUGAUUUCACAAUGGAGGUCAAAAGAUGUAGUAAAAGAUCCUGAAGGAGAAGGCUCAGAAAAGAGUCUUAACAUUAUAGGGAAUAGUCGUCAUCAUCAAGCUGUAAUCAACAAAUUACAAACGAGGCUGGACGAGUUGCUGCAAAGCAGCGACGCUUUACAGAAAUCCCGUGAAGAAUUGCAUACAAAUUACCAGGAUCUAAAAGUGAAACACAGCACUUUAAGCGAAGAGUUACUGUCAAAGAAGAAUGAGCUUGAAAAAUAUGAAGACGAUUACGAAAGUAUCUUAAGUUCAGCUACAAACGCCAGUAAAGCUCUUGAAAUGUCACAACAAGAAGUACAGAAAUACAAACAGGCAAACAAGAAACUCAAAGACGAGUUGGAAGAGUUGACCUACGCACAUGAGUCAUCAGUCGGAGAGGGAUCGAAUGUAUCAGAAACGAGAUUGGCAAGCGGAAGCAGCGGUACAUCUGCUCAGGACUCCAACAUGAAGUUUGCUCGUUAUAAUGCAAAGAUCAAUGACUUGAAAGCGGAGUUGUAUAUCAUCAAACAAGAGCGAGACAAUUUGAAAGGUGAAGUGCUUGAUCUGAAGAAAAAGCAGUUAGUAAUGGAUGAAGAGUAA